AUGUGUGACCUGGGUAAUGUCCCAUACCAACUCUUCAUUGAGGACUUUGCCCAGUCUACAGGCCUGGACUCUGGGGACUCUGGGGAGUGGGUGGUGUCCCUGGUCUCUCUGAUCCUGAUGGGAAACCUCAGUGGAAAGCUGAUCUUGGGGCUGUGUGCUGACCUGUCCCGGGGCAACAGCAGCUGGCUCUACAGCUCCACCGUGGCUCUUGGAGGAGUGUGUGUCAUCUGCAUCCCCCUCAGCAGCUCGUACUUGCAGCUGCAGUUCAUCUCGUUCUUCCUUGGGUUUUUCAGAGCGAAUUGGACCCUGACGGCACACGCAGUGAGCCGACUGGUUCCGGUUUCUCAGUUUGACGAAGCUCACGGUGUCCUGCUUCUGUUUGGGGGCGUGGCUGUUGUCGUGGGCCCCCGGUGGCAGUCCUAUGACGUGGCGUUCUUUGUCUCUGGAGCUUGCAUGGUCUCAGGCAGUUUGGUCCUCUUCACUACCCUCAGCUUAUCCUGCCUACAAUCUGCAACAGAACUUUCCUCGAAGGCAGGUCCAGAACAAUCCUCAAGUCCAACUCUGGAACCGAGCCGGGACCAGCUGCAUACAGGGGCUGAUGAACCCCAGCACCUGUAG